CCGCGGAGCCGCGGACCGCUGUCUCUUCAGCACCAUGUCUUCCGGGCCGGCGUACAACGACGAGAAGGGCUCGUCUCUGGGGGAGCCCGAGUACGGACACGACCCGGCCAGCGGCGGCAUCUUCUCCAGCGACUACAAACGACACGAUGACCUGAAGGAGAUGCUGGACAGCAAUAAGGACUCGCUGAAGCUGGAGGCGAUGAAGAGGAUUGUAGCGAUGAUUGCCAGAGGGAAGAAUGCCUCUGAUCUCUUUCCUGCGGUGGUGAAGAAUGUUGCCUGCAAGAACAUUGAGGUGAAGAAGUUGGUUUAUGUUUACCUGGUUCGAUAUGCAGAAGAACAACAAGACUUAGCCCUGCUCUCCAUCAGCACCUUCCAGCGGGGGUUAAAGGACCCGAACCAGCUGAUACGAGCCAGCGCUCUUCGUGUCCUCUCCAGCAUCCGUGUCACCAUCAUUGUUCCUAUUAUGAUGCUGGCCAUCAAGGAAGCUGCUUCAGACAUGUCUCCCUACGUCAGGAAGACAGCUGCUCAUGCCAUUCCCAAGCUACACAGUCUGGACCAGGAUCAGAAGGAACAGUUGAUUGAGGUGAUUGAGAAGCUGCUGGCCGACAAAACCACGCUGGUCGCUGGGAGUGUGGUGAUGGCUUUCGAAGAGGUGUGCCCCGAGCGCAUCGACCUCAUCCACAAGAACUACCGGAAGCUGUGUAACCUGCUGAUUGACGUGGAGGAGUGGGGCCAAGUGGUCAUCAUCAACAUGCUGACUCGAUACGCUCGGACUCAGUUCCUCAACCCUAACCACAACGAGACCUUACUGGAAGACAAUGCAGAGAAAGCCUUUUAUGGCUCAGAUGAGGAAGAUUCCAAGCAGGAGGAAGUGGAUCCAUCUGUGCUUCCCAAGCGGAAACCCUACGUGAUGGAUCCGGACCAUCGCCUGCUCCUUCGGAACACCAAGCCCCUUCUCCAGAGCCGGAAUGCUGCGGUGGUGAUGGCCGUGGCCCAGCUCUACUUCCACCUGGCACCCAGGGCAGAGGUCGGAGUUAUCGCCAAGGCCUUGGUCCGUCUGCUGCGGAGCCACAGUGAGGUGCAGUACGUGGUUCUGCAGAACAUCGCCUCCAUGUCAAUCAAGCGCCGGGGAAUGUUUGAGCCUCAUCUGAAGAGUUUUUACAUCAGGUCCACAGACCCUACCCAGAUUAAGGUGCUGAAGUUGGAGGUCCUGACAAACUUGGCCAGCGAAACUAACAUAUCGACGAUUCUCCGGGAAUUCCAGACGUACAUCAAGAGCCAGGACAAGGACUUUGUGGCAGCCACCAUUCAGGCCAUUGGCCGCUGUGCUACCAACAUCGACGAGGUCCGCGACACCUGCCUUAAUGGCCUGGUUCAACUGCUAUCCAACAGAGAUGAGCUGGUGGUGGCAGAGUCCGUGGUCGUCAUUAAGAAACUGCUGCAGAUGCAGCCUGCGCAGCACAGCGACAUUAUCAGACACAUGGCGAAGCUCAUCGACAACAUCAUGGUACCAAUGGCCAGGGCCAGCAUACUUUGGCUAAUCGGUGAGUAUUGUGAGCACGUGCCCAAGAUCGCACCUGACGUACUACGGAAGAUGGCCAAGUCCUUCACCAGUGAGGAGGACAUUGUGAAGCUGCAGAUCAUUAACCUGGCUGCCAAGCUCUACCUCACCAACUCCAAACAGACCAAACUGCUGACCCAGUACGUUCUGAACCUGGCCAAGUAUGACCAAAAUUACGACAUCCGUGACCGAGCUCGCUUCAUUCGCCAGCUCAUCGUCCCCACGGAAAAGAGCGGUGUGCUGAGCAAGCACGCCAAGAAGCUGUUCCUGGCCCAGAAGCCUGCUCCCGUGCUCGAGUCUUCCUUCAAAGAUCGGGAUCACUUCCAGCUUGGCUCCCUCUCCCACCUGCUCAACAGCAAGGCCAGUGGAUACCAAGAACUGCCCGACUGGCCGGGAUCAGCCCCUGACCCUUCAGUCCGUAAUGUUGAGAAGGAGGUGUCCGAGGAGCCGGAGGUGCGGAUCGGCUUGCUGGGAGACUGGAGAGAGGUUCCGGAAUGGACCAAGCCCAGUGGCCGAGAGAAAAGGAAGGAGAAGGUGGAGAAACCUUUCUACUCUGAGUCGGAGGGAGAGUCUGAACCCACUGAGUCAGCAGACAGUGAGUCUCCCAGCACCAGCGACUCGGAGAGCAUGAGUGAAAUUGAAAGUGAGAGCGCCUCGGGGAACGACGAGGAGAGCGACGAGGAGGGGAAGUCCGACAAGCAGAGGAAGAAGAAAGCAAAGAAGGAGAAGAGCAAACAGAAAGAUGAAAGUGAGGACAGCGGGCAGAGUGAGGGGGAAGAGCAGGUGAAAAAGCAGAAAGUGGAGGGGUCGAGCUCCUCAUCAGCCUCUUCCUCUGAGGACAGCUCCUCCGAAGACAGCUCUUCCGAAUCGGAGCCAGAGGAAAACUCGGAAUCAGACACUGGGAAGAAACACAAGACCAAGUCUCCCGCCACCAAAUCGCACUCAGAAGCAUUUAAAGAUAGAGAGAAGGAAAUCUCCCUCCUUGACCUCGAUGAUUUCAGUGGACCCUCCGUCUUACCAACCACCCCAUCACCUAACACGUUCUCCAAGAGUCUCAACCUGGAUCUACAAGGGCUAACCUUGUCCAACUCCACCUUGACAUCAGAGGCGUUGAGCCCCUCUCUCGGCAAGGUGAAGACAUACGAGCUGCUGCACCGGCUGACGGGCGAGGGGCUGUCGGUGCAGUACCACUUCACCCGGAGACCCUUCAGCCCCGACCAGGCCAUGGUCUCCGUCCAGAUGCAGUUCACUAACAACUCCGAAAUGGAAAUCCGGCACCUCCGCAUCAGCGAACCCAAGCUGCACUCAGGAAUGAGGAUACAAGGGUUCAAGGAGAUUGAUGUCCUCCCGCCUGGUGAAGUUGCCUUGGAAACAAUGGGCAUUGACUUCUGUGAUUCCACGCAAGCGGCCAACUUCCAGCUGUGCUCCCAGACCCGGCAGUUCUACGUAUCCAUCCAGCCGCCUGUGGGAGAGUUGAUGAUGCCAGUCUUCAUGACCGAGAACUCUUUCAAAAAGGAGCAAGGAAAGCUAAUGGGAAUGAAUGAAAUCAAUGAGAAAAUGACCCUUGGAGAGCAGUGCCGGACUGACCAAGCCAUUGUCCAGCAGGUGAUGUCAACCGCUAACCUCGGACGGGUACCCUGUGGGCAGAGUGCCGAGUACAGGUUUGCUGCUCGGACUGUGAGUGGUGGUGCUUUGGUCCUCAUUUCCCUGAUAACCAAGGAUGCCGGGGCUGCCCAGCUGACUGUGAACUGCGAGAAGAUGGUGAUUGGUACAAUGAUGGCAAAGGACAUAAUGGAAGCACUGACACAGUGACAUCCGCCACCAAUCCCUCGGUGGGAUGGAGCUCCCCCCUUCCUCCCUCCCCACUAUCAGCAUUUGCAUUCCGUGCAACCUCCAGUCAAACCACCAACUGCAGGAGAAACCGGAUUGAAGAGCAACUGCUCCAUUGUCCCUUCUAAAGACAUGAAGGGAUUCCUGAGUGGCUGAGAGACAUCCAGGCUGUUGAUGUUGCUGAAAUGCUUUACAGACAAGUCGUCAAUUAUUUUGUCCUGAGCCUGCUCUGGUCGAAGAACAUUGCCCCUUUAUUUGAUGUUGGACCCCUGCAUCCACUCCCCACCCAUUAUCCACAAGUACAUCUGAGAAGCAAGUUGAACACAGAAGCUGAAUCAAGUUUAUUAUCAAUGAUGUAUGUCGUGAAAUUCGUUGUUUUGUGGCAGCAGUACAGUGCAAUACAUAAUGAUAAUAUGAAUUACAAU